AUUUCUCAUAAGUUGUACCGGUGUUGACUGACUAUGGCAGCGAGACACAGUCGUUAACAGCAAGCGUGACGGACUAUCCCAUGGAACAUGGAAGACGAUACCACAAAUAUCAUGAAGGCUGUACGUCUGCAGAGGAUCGACCAUGUGGACAAGGACCCCAUCUAACAACAUUCCUCCAGCAUACUUGUACCCGAACGAUGAACAGGAACUGGAUCGAAUGGAUAUGCAACACCACAUGCUCAGACUAGUCAACCACGGGCGCUUGUACUUCGCACCUGUCCAACGCCCAAAACGGAUCCUCGACAUUGGUACUGGUUCUGGUAUAUGGGCUAUCGAGAUUGCAUCCGACUUCCCAGAAGCCGAGAUCACAGGAACCGACCUGUCUCCUGUUCAGCCGCUUGAAGUCCCCGAGAAUGUCCACUUUCUCGUCGACGACGCCACGGAGGAGGACUGGCUGUGGGACCCGGAUCACUUCGACUUCAUCCACACGGGACAUCUGAUAGGAUCUCUACCGUCGUACAAGGACCUGCUGAAGAAAGCACACAAGCACCUCAAGCCGGGCGGCUAUGUGGAAUGCCACGAGUUCGACUCCCGACUCAAAUGUGAUGACGGUACGAUGCCUCCUGAGGACCCUGACAAGUUCAGCGACUAUGCCCUCCAAGAUCUCAUGGACCUGCACUACCGCUCUGGCCAGGUCUCGGACCCGCCCCGACAGUUCCGAGUGGCCCAUCGCCUCGCACGCUGGAUGCGAGAAGUCGGAUUCGAAGACGUGCAGGAACAUCGGUCCAUGGUCCCUGUGAAUCCAUGGUCAUCCGAUCCACACCUGAUGAAGAUCGGGGCCUGGAGCGAGACAAACCUGCUGGAAGCGGUCGCGGGAUGGUCUUACAAGCCGCUCACCAUACUGGGGUGGUCGAAGCCCGAGAUCGAGGUAUUCCUGGUCGAUGUUCGGAAAAGCAUCCAGAACCGCAACGUCCACGCCUACUACGAGUUCUAUGCGGUGACAGGCAGAAAACCACUCGCUGGCUGAGUUGGUUCUGGUCUGCCUUCACUGAUCUUAGCGGCAUGACUCCUCACAUAUCCUCGGCUUACUUCUCUUCUUUGUGACAUAUUGUUUUCUUUUUACUCCUUCUUUUUCUUGUAUUAGCUGGCGCUGGCUGACGAGCGUAUGGCAUACGAUACCACUGCGGCAGAGAGUUUGGUGCAUUGGAAG